AUGAGCAGCAGAUUACAGGGAGACAUAGCGACUGCUUCGUCAUCGAUGCUUUUUCUUUGGUCCAUCAAUGGUGAGUUGCUUGCGACUGUCGAUAGUGUUGAUAUUUCGUUGUCACUCGACCAGUUCCCCAAUGUCAUUUUGUCGAUGGCAUUUUCUACGGUAAAUUUUUAUCUAAAGUUAGCGCAUUUACCAUUUUUCCGAUGA